GAGCACCUCUCUCUCCCACAGAACCUAGCUAGCUCAAGCAGUGCGUCGUCUUGAGCUCCGGGGCGAAGGAAGGAAGGGAUCAAUGGCGGGGCCACUGAGCGCGACGCGGCGCACGCGCCCGACGCCGGGGCAGUGCAUCGCGGCGACGCUGUUCGCGCUGCUCGUCGUGGUCGCCAUCAUCGUCAUCACCUGGCUGGCGGUCCGGCCCGGGAAGCUGCAGCUCUCCGUCGACCACGCGGCGGUCCGCGGCUUCAACUUCACGUCGGGGGGCGCGCUGCAGGGCACCUUCGCCCUCGUCCUCCGCGCCUACAACCCCAACAAGCGCACCGCCGUGUACCGCUCGCUCGACGUCGGCGUGUGGUACGGAGACACGUACCUGGGCGGCGCCGAGGUGCCGGGGUUCCGCCAGCCGCCGCGCAACGAGACGAGGAUCGUGGUGGCGGCCCCCGCGGCGCGGGAGCCGGUGCCGCGGGACGUGGAGCGGGAGAUGAAGAAGGACCGGUCCGCCGGGACGCUGCCGCUGGACGUGCACGUCCGGGGCAAGGUGUGGUUCAAGUACGGCCUGGUGAGGACGCGGCGGUACAAGAUGCGCGCGAGCUGCCCGCUGGUGCCCGUCGACUUCGCCUCGCCCAGCUCCUUCGACCGGGUGUACUGCCACGUGCACAUCUGAGUGGUACGUACGUGGUGCUGGUGCAGGGCCGCGCGACGGGGAGUCCCGUGCACGUACAUAUUAUGCGGUGUGUGUUUGCUUUGCUUGUGUGGUGUGUUUGGUCAGAGGAUUCGUUCCCCAUGCUUGGAUUAUUGAUUUGAUGGUACAUGUUGUUUUUAUUCAAUCUUCAUUUGUAUUACGAUUGGGUUUGUGUAUUCUUUGAUGUAACUAAUCAGACCUUCCAUGGAUUGUCACACAUUCAAGUGCCGAAUUCUUUAUGAAAAAUUGCAAGUGUAUGCC